CAUUCUUCCCUUCGGCCCAGCCGUCAAGAACAUCGCGUGUUGCGUCAAAAAUGACAAGAUUCCAAAUGGAAAACAAUGGCGAGCAGAUAAAAAAGUUCGUUUUCGGCAAGCAAAACACGACGGAACCUGCUGAAAAGCUAGAAAUCGUAAUCCCCGAGCUUCUUCUACCGGGAUAUUCGUUCUACACCUGGCCAUCGGCACCGAUUCUGGCGUGGUUCCUGUGGGAACGUCGACUGUCGCUGAUCAACAAGCGGGUUCUGGAGUUGGGUGCGGGCACCGCUCUGCCGGGGAUUCUUGCGGCCAAGUGUGGCGCCCACGUAACGCUCAGCGAUUGUACGACCCUGCCGAAGACGCUGCAACACAUCCAACGGUGCUGCCGGUUGAACGGUCUCGCCCCGGGCAAGGACAUCGAAGUCAUUGGCCUCACGUGGGGACUGUUCUUGGACCAGAUCUUCCAGCUGGGUCCCGUUGAUCUGAUUCUCGGGUCGGACAUCUUCUACGAUCCGUCGGUUUUCGAGGAAAUCCUCGUGACGGUAUCGUUCCUUCUGGAAGCCAACCCCCAGGCCAAGUUCCUGUUUGCGUAUCAGGAACGCAGCGCCGACUGGUGCAUCGAAACCCUGCUCAAGAAGUGGCACCUGUCCUGCAACGUGAUCAGCUUGGACAAUCUCAGUGCCGAGCUGGGCGUCGAUCCGCAGGAGUUGAUGGGCAAUCACACCAUCCACUUGCUGGAAGUUACGCGACGAUCUUGA